CUGCAGCUGAGCCUUGUCACUGCUGGGAUCCACUUGUUCACUUUGUGGGAUACAGAYCCUUUCUCUGACACACCAGAAACCAAAUUUGCCUCCUUCCCACUGGGAGAGGCUGGAGUAGACAGGCAGCUUCCCAAGUACCAGCCCUUGUCCUUCAGGCUCAACUGGGCAGGGGCUUGGCUCUGAGCUCUGAACCAAAUCCAUCUUACAGCCACAGAGAGUUUAGGAUACGAAAGAUCCAGGGGAAAAAAGAGGAAGCAAGAAUUUAUGCGUCAUCGUGCUGCAUGACUGGCAAAUCCUUCAAUAACUCAUCCAAUGGGGCAAAGAGGCAAAGGUUGAACCACUGCAAUCCACAGCCAACUGCUGUUCCUUGACGCCAUAAAGUGGUGAAGGCAGACAAGGGCACAGGGAGGAUCAGGGAGAAGAUCAGCUCAGCUGGAGAAAGGGAUUUCUCGGCAACUGGCAGCUCCCCAUGGCUGUUCCUCAGUGGCUCCUCAUGUCUGCACUCUUCCUGCUGCCCCUCUUGGCACAGGUUUGGGCACAGCAACUGGGGUGCUUUGUCAAUAACAGCAAACCAAGCGUUCCUGAAAAUAAGCCUCGUUAUUUGGUGACCGCCAUCCACACGGAGCCAGGUUUCACCCUAACGAUUGAUCCCAAUUCCCCUGAUGGCCAAUUUUUUACCAUUGAAGGCUCUGAGCUGUGGCUAACAAAGCUUGUGGACUAUGAGACAGACCCUGUGCUGCUGCUGUACCUGAACUGCAGGGACCCUGCUGGCCAGAGYGAUUCCAUUGAAAUCCUGGUCACCGUUCUGAACGAGAACGACAACGACCCCGUGUUUGCGCAGCCGAACCUCAGCAGGACUGUCCCAGAGGAUACAAAAGUCAACACAACCAUUGUAGUCCGUGACGAAUUAAGUGCUACUGAUGCUGACCUGGACACCAUUUACUAUGAACUAACAACCACAGUGCAGGACACAGACGGUUAUUUUGCCAUAAGAGGAGUUAAUAACCCAGAAAUUUAUUUACAAAAAGCACUGGACUUUGACAAAUUUAAUAUGACGAUGUUGCUCUUGUAUGCAAGGGACAGGCCUGUGGGCAGCCCAGAGCCCAGCAGGACGGCCACUGCCACCAUCAGCAUCGCCGUGGAGCAGAGUGACACCCGGCCUCCCUGGUUCCGRCCCUGCACCCUCCUCCACACGGACAACAGCAUCUGCAUCAGCAGCCCCUACUCCGGGAGGGUCAACAUCUCUGAGAUGGCGACAGAGCCGCUCGUCCUGGAGCCAGGACCCAUCUACGCUGCUGACCCCGACUACACCAUCAAUGACAGGAUCGUGUACAGCAUCGUGGGGGGGAAUAAAGACGACGUGUUCUCAGUGGAUGCAGACACAGGGAAUCUAACCAUGAACAAAGUAGUGACUUCCCCAGAUUCCUUCCUGCUGCAGGUUAUGGCCACCCAGGCCAGCAACAGAAGGAAAUACUCAGUAGCCACUGUAGAGAUCAAGGUCAUCAAUAAAAGCCUGCACCCACCCUACUUCGAGAAGAGGAUCUACAAUGGGACAGUGUUUGUUGGGCUGCCCCGGGGGAGCUUUGUCUACCAAGCUGGGGAUCCUUCCACCCCGCUGGUGAUAACGGCGAUGGAUGAGGAUUUCCCUGAUAAACUCAACCCUAACAUUGAGUACACUCUCAAAAACAGCACUGAUUUCAUGGCAACCAGGGAUGGCCUCAUCCUGACCAACGUGGUGCUGCAGUCCCCUGGAACUGUGACCAUCCAGGCUGUUGGAAAAGACGUGUUGAGCCUGCAGGAGGCAAGCACCAUAAUCGUGGUGGAGGUSAUCCUUGCCCCAGCUGUAACCCCCUCUGACAAGAUGUACUCUGCUCAGGACAUGGCUAUCCUAGGGGGCACCUUAGCAGCACUGCUGGUAAUUKCCUUAGUCUUCCUUGGAGUGCUGGUGUGGAAAUCCAGUAGAUGGUAUGGAAUACCUGUCAAAUACCUGAUGAAGAAAAAGCUCUCCAAGGAAACCUCAAAGGGUCACUGGAACAAAUAUUACCAGGAAGAUGAACAGCCAGAUGUGAGCACCAAGCAGAACGAGACAUCAGAAACCAGCAGUGUCCAGGCAGAGACUCCUGCACCAGAGCAGCCAGCACUUGCCUCACUCUCCUCCACUGCAGAGGAAACAGAGAGUUUCCCACAGGCCUCCACAGCUUCCACUGUCAUCUUUGACCAGGAAGAGAAAGAGGAAGAGGAAGAAAAGGAAGCAGAGGCCGGACAAGAGAAAGAAGUGAAGUCAAUCCUCAAGACAGAGAGGCAGGUGGCAGAUGACGGCUAUAAAGCUGUGUGGUUUAAGACUGAUGUGGACCCCGAGGCUGGAGAGAGGGUUGAAGUGAUUGAGGACAAUGCAGCAGAUGAUGAUGAUGAUGAUGAUAAUGAUGACAGUGACCAAGACCUGCAGAAGAAUGAGGAGGAGGAAGAAGGUUCUGAUACAGAUGGUCACCAGCAAGGGCUGGGGGUGUCCUUUGUCUCAGAGAGCUCGUCGCCCAGAGCAGCAGAGGUGACAGUCAACAUGUCUCACACAGGGGCAGGGACAGAUGACUCUGAGAUAUAAUGGAAAUUGGGCUACAUUGGGCCCAAAAAUAAGACAAUCUCAGCUUUUUUUGCUGACAUGAAGCCCAUCUUUCUGCUCAGGGGGAGAACUAGAAUGCAGAAGGAUGAGGUUAUCUGUCCUGCUCCUCUGAAUGCAGCAAAUAAGGCCAGAAAAGAUUACAGCUAAUUUAACUUUAGUGAGACCUUGAAAUAUCACUUAGGAUUUGCAGUGUGAAGGGUUUCAUUUUCUUACCUUCCUGCCCAUCCCCCCUGGGUCCCCUGAUGUCACCUUUCCCAAACUGGCUGCAGGUACAGCAGAGCUGUAGCUGGCCUGGCCUGGCAGCAGCGAGCCCAGCUCACAGGAGCAGUUGAGUUGACUCUUCCCUUUGGGGUGUUGCAGUUGGGUGUCAGCAAAUCCCUCAGAGCCUGCAGGUGCUCCUGUGACUGUGCAGGGCUCACUGCAGGGCUUGGCUCUGCUCUGUGCUCCCAGCACAAGCAGCUGGAAUGUGCCACCAGAUCCUCRUCCUGCCAGCCAGCAGGGUCCAUGCUCAGGACCUGCUGUUUCCUUUGGCACUGGUAAACAAGGACUGAUCACGUGUUUUUUACUGAAGGACUUUGUCAUCAAUUUUCUAUGUUGUAAAACCACUAAUUGUACAGUUCUUUAGCUAUGUGCUAAGAACUGCAAAAGAGCUCCUGAAAUAUUGUCUUCAAGUGCCAAGUCAGCACCCUGUUUCCAGGGAGCAGAGGGAGGGAAAUGUUUGAUGCUCUUGUCUAGGUUUGCAUCUCCCAUCAACCAAUCUCUUCCCCCAGCUGGCAGCCAAAAGCUGGGCUGGUUCCCACUGGCUGAGAGCACAGCUCUUUGCAUUUGCAUCUUCUGAGCAUCAGCACAAGGUCUGUGCUGCUCCUGGAGAAAGAAACCCAACAAUGACUGCUGGGAUCUGCAGGUACAUCAGAGCACAAGUCAUUCCCAAGGAGGCUUUUAUCCUCUUGGGCAGURUGUGUCUGUGUUCCAAUGCCUGGUCCUGCUCUCCUGUCUCCGAGGAAUGCUGCCCUGGCUGCCUGGACUUCAGGAACUGUCCUUGUGCCAAAGGUGAAGCCCCAGACCUGGGCAGCUUCUCUACUUCCUGCAGCAAAGCUGUUAGCCCAGGGAUUGCAGGUGUGAUAAGGGAGCACACCCUGGGUUUGCCAUGUAAACCAAGUGCCUCCAGCAGCUUUGGSAAGCAUUUCCCAUGGGACUGGGAGAACUCCCCAGCUCACUGCAAGGCUGAGGGUGAGCCUGCCCACCCCCUGUGCUUA